GUGGUGUCGCCUGCGACGCUAUUCGAAACGGAGUCCAUGUCCGCAUCCGAGCUGAGCUCCGAGACGCUCCGUUCCGCUUCUUCUUUGAGCGGACCCGGGCAAUUUUUGUCGCGGCGUGUCGCCGGCGAAAAAACGAGACGGGAGAUGGUGGCCAAAGCGGAGGUGCGGCCGCGGCCGCUCAAAGUGGAGGCCAUCAAGAGCACCGUCGACAUUUGGUUCUGUGAUGCCCUCCGCGGCCUCAAGCUCAACGUGCUCGGCACCGACGACUCCCCCAUCCCCAUCACUGGUUACUAUACUCCAAGCCCUCUCCCAAAAAAGCCAGGACUCUUCAAGCUAUGUAAACAAUCGUUAGUCCCACCAUCUGUCAGCUCAUUUGGCUCUAGGAAAGAGUGUCUAAUACCAGGGACGCUCAUAAACACUAAUAACAUGUUGGGGUUCCAGAAUCUAGAUGCUGAGUCUCUACUAAGAGAAGAAGGAAAGAAGAUCUUACAUGAUAUUUUAUCCGGUAAAAUAGAAGAGUGUCCUUCUCUGCUAUUAAGAUUUCUUGUGAUAUCGUUUGCGGACUUGAAGAAUUGGAAGGUCUAUUACAAUGUUGCGUUUCCCUCGGUUUUUUACUCUAAAAUGACUUUGCUCAGCCUGCAUAGUGCCUCACAAGUUCUCAGCCAAGAACAGGCAACAUCCUUGUCUAAAUCAAUGAAAGAGUGGCGUGGUUCAAACGAAACAACAGUUCACCCUUUUUUUUCGGUCGACAUAUCCUCAGAUUCUUCUGUUGUUGUAAGACAACUUAAGGACUGGAAGGAUCGUCAGGGUGGUGGCCAAAAGCACCUAUUUGGAUUUUAUGAUCAUGGAUUUCAUCAAGAUUACCCUGGUUGGGCUCUUAGAAACUACAUUGCAUUCCUGAGCCUGCGGUGGAAAAUCGAGAAAGUUCAUUUCUUGUGCUACCGAGAAGGACGAGAGGGUAUCGAUCUAGAGAAGUCCCUUAUUGGUGAAGCAUCAUUUGCAGCACCUCAAGACUGGGAUGGCUCUGACUAUAUGCCUGAAGUUAUUGGAUGGGAAGGAGAAACACCUGGGGAUGGAAGGAAAGAAAUGAAAAUGAAAUCAAUCGAUCUUAAGUCACUGAGACCAGAAAGUCAAGAUGAGGAACAACAGCUGAUGCACUUAAAGCUUAUGGGAUGGCGGCACUUCCCUGUGAAUUUAGACAAGUUGCGUGGCACUCGAUGUCUUGUGUUGGGUGCUGGAGCUCUUGGCUGUGAAGUUUCUCGCUUACUCAUGACCUGGGGUGUACGGAAACUAACAGUGGUUGAUGGUGGUUGUGUUGCCAUGCCUGAUCUAGUCAAACAAUCAAUCUACGUAGAAAAGGAUUGUGGUGUCCCGAGAGCUACCGCAAUUGUUCCCCAUCUAAAAGAGAGAUGUCCUGCAGUGGAGGUCGAAGGCAUCCGGAUGGAAAUACCAGUGCCUGGGAAUCCAGUUUCUCCUAGUGUGCUUGAUGAUUGCAGGCGUCUUCAAACAUUAGUAGCUAAAAGUAAUGUGGUCUUCUUGUUGACUGACUCAUCGGAGAGCAGAUGGUUUCCAACUCUUUUGUGUGCAAGCGAAAACAAGAUUGCUAUCACUGCAGCAGUAGGAUAUGACAGUUACCUUGUCAUGCGACAUGGUGCUCGUCCAGGAACAAGAAGUGGAGGUAUGGAUGACGUGAUUGCUCAGACACAGAAUUUGUCCACUGAAGAUGCUGUUGGUCAUCAAAGAUUGGGCUGUUGUUUCUGCAACGAGAAGACUUCCCUUUUCAAUUCAGUCUCCAAUGAAACAGUAGCACUACCUGGGCUGACCUCGAUUGCAUCUGGCAAAGCAGUGGAGCUCUUUGCGAGGAUGUUACAUCAUCCACAGGGGAUACAUGCUCCAGGAGAUAUUGCUGGUAUGGAUACUGAACAUCAACUUGGUUUAUUGCCGCAUCAGAUGCAAGGAUCACUUCCAAAGUGUCUUUUAUCAACUGAGAUAGGAAAUUCCUCAAACGAUUGCACUGCAUGUUCCGAUGUUGUACUGUCUGAAUAUAGAAGAGAAAGAUUGGAUUUUAUUAUGAAAGUCAUCAAAAAACCAACAUAUUUAAAGGACCUUACAGGCAUUUCUAAUAGUUUGAACAAGUCGGACACUUGUUUGAAUUUGCCUGCCAGUUUCCGUGUAAAUUCAGGGAAGUUCUCUAGUGUGGAAUGUCUAAUUUUAGGUGCUGGAACUCUUGGGUGUGAUGUUGCUCGUAUUCUAAUGGAUUAUGGUGUUCAGAAGCUAACAGUGGUUGACAGUGGUCAUGUUGCUAUGUCAAAUUUGGCAAGACAAUCACUUUACACAUCUGAUGACCUCAACACCCCAAAAGCAACAGCAAUACUUAAGCGUCUAAAGGAGAAAUAUCCAUCAAAGGGUGACCUGGAUGUUAAAGGAAAAAUCAUGGAAAUACCGAUGCCAGGGCAUCCUGUGUCAUCUGUUGAAGAAGAAGCUCUUGUGCGGAAAAAUUGCAAGGAUCUGCAGGAGUUAGUAGCUACCCAUGACGCUGUGUUCCUGUUGACUGACACAAGGGAAAGCAGGUGGCUUCCAACACUUCUCUGUGCGAAUGAAAACAAGAUUGCUAUUACUGCAGCUCUAGGAUACGAUAGCUACCUUGCCAUGCGACAUGGAGCUGGUCCAGGAACAUGUUCUGAAGGUUCAAGUGUGGUUGUUGGCAUGACUAGGCUGUCUCCACAAGAUGUUAUUGGCCGUCAAAGACUGGGCUGCUAUUUCUGCAACGACGUUAUUUCUCCUGUUGAUUCUGUCUCCAACCGAACACUGGACCAACAGUGUACAGUAACACGGCCUGGACUGGCUUCCAUUGCAUCUGGCCAUGCCGCAGAACUCUUCGCAAGAAUGUUAAAUCAUCCAGAUGGGAUACAUGCGCCAGCAGAUAUCGCUGGCACGACCAGUGAGCGUCCGUUUGGUCUAUUGCCACACCAGAUACGAGGAUCACUGUCGAGCUACAACUUAUUAACCCUCUUGGGCUAUUCCUCGAGCUGCUGUAUUGCAUGUUCCGACGUGGUAUUGUCUGAAUACAGGAGCAGAGGAAUGGAUUUUGUGAUGCAGGUGAUCAAUGAGCCAACCUAUCUGGAAGACCUUACCGGCCUGACGGAGCUGAUGAAGUCCGCGGAUUAUUCUCGGGUGGAGUGGGUAGAUGAUGUCGACGACGAUGCCGAGUUUGCCGACAUCUGAUGUAUCACAUGAUUUCAUGGCUAUAGAAAGUGUAAAUAUCAGUUCGAUGCACAAUGAUUAAUGUCACUGAUGGUUACCAAUUACAUUUUCGAAUUGCAUGGGCUUUUUGUUACGAUUCAGCACCCACCCUGUAAUCAGCAGCACUCCUGAAUCCUGGUUCGUCAAACACUUGUGCGGAGUAGGUUGUAACAUGAAAAAUGUUUACACGAGGUAUUCCCUGUUAUUGUUA